GUAAAAUGUUUCAGUGAAAAUGAAUAGGUUUAAUAACUCAGAGAAUUAUAAUAGUGUACAAAUUAAUUCUACUUUGGAAGAUAAUAUUUUGUCCAGUAAUGGUACUGGUAGCGAUACCGUGCCACAGUGGACUGUUAAUUUUUAUUUUGUUUUUGCUUUUUUUGGGAGUUUGGCGAAUUUGAUCUACAUUUUUGCGAUUUUAACAAGCAAACGAAAUGGUACACUUUUAUUGGUAUUGCAAAUAUCAUUUGUGGACACAAUACUGUUUUAUGUUGCAAUAUUAGAAAUAUAUACAAUUCAAAAACGGUCAUGGAUAUUUUCUGCAGAAAACUGCCAAUUUUUUAGUGGAAUGGAAAUUGUUAUGAACACCUUAAUAGUAUAUUUAUUAUUAUGCCUUAAUUGUCACAUAAUAUCGCUAUGGAAUUUAAACAAAUUUGAAGUAAACAAAGAAAACAACCCAUUGACAUCUUGCAGAGAUGAUUCUGACGAAUGUUUGGUAACGAAAAACGAAAAUAAAUCAAAUACCGCCUACAGAACACGGAAUAUUGAAGUGUCGGUGGUGUUUCCAUCGAUUUUCAUAUGGUUCGUAAGUGUAUCCCUUAGUAUACCAAGUUUUACUCUAUCCUCGAUAUUGAAUGUCGAUGAAAAAUAUAAUAUGUGUGGCAUAGAAGACGGUUUUUAUGGAGAAAUUAUGCAGAAGUUAUUAUUGGUUUUUAAAAUUGUGAUACCAUUUUCACUUCUUAUGUUUUCUCUAGUGGUUCUUGUAGUUAUAAUAUUUAAAACCACAAGGAAUCGCAUUAAUAAUUCUUUGACAAAAAAAUUUACAGAAAUAAGGAUAUUAUUAAUAUUUUCAGUUUUAAUAACUCUAUGUUUUUUUCUUACAUCCACCCAAAGAAAUGUUUUGUUUGUUUACCAUUAUUUUAACUUACCUUUUCAAAAUACUGAUGUAAAUUUUAUAGCGUCUCCAUUUUUUGCCAAUACACAAAACUCAAAAAUGAGUUUAUAUUUUUCUAUGUUAUACUAUACUGGAAGCUCAGUCAGAGGUUGUUUGUAUUUUUAUGUGCUGCCAAAGUUUAGGCAUUUGCUUACAAAUAAAGUGAUGUGUUUUGAUAUUAAUAAAUAAG